AUUUAAGACAGCUGCAUGGGGAACUGAAACUCACCCUAAUCUAUGCUUUGUUACGGCUGACCCUAAUAACAAACCUAUACCAGCCUCCCGCAGAAUACUUGGGGACUUCCCUCACUCCCAACAUUGUCCGGUGCUCAUAGAAAUAGGCCUUACUAUCCCCCUAAUUUCCUCAUAUCCUUGGCCCAGGUGGAACUUUGGGAAAGCGGACUGGGCUACUUUUUCAGAAAAACUUGAUAAACACCUUGGAUGGAUACCUCCAACUUAUAAAAAUUACAAAAGAUUUGUGGGAGCAGUCAUCAGCUCAGGUAAGAACAGCAUUCCCGGGGGAUUUAGAAAAGAAUAUGUGCCGGGGGUGGAACGAAGAGAGUGAGCGCCUCUAUAAACAGUUCCUAGAGCAUGGGGAUAGGGAGAUUGCAGACGACUUAUUGCAUAGUCUGGACGCUGCCAGGCGCACUAAAUAGAUAAAGACUGUUGAGGAAAUGGACUUCACAAAACAAGCAGAAAGGCGUGGUCACUACUUCGGAAGCUUGGUGGCAGUAGCAGGAACCAACGACCAACCAGCUCUAUUUCUCCAAACACAGUUGCGGUGCACAUCAGUAAAACCUCUAGAGCUCCAGGGGAUUGAGCUCAUACCAUAAAAGUUAAAAAGGAACUUAAAAAGUUGAAAUCUUUAGUAAGAAACAAUUCACUACACUCGCAGCCCUUCUGAAUCAAAGAGAUAACACUGGCUCUGAGAGACAUCAAGCCACAGAAAGCCCCAGGUUUUGAUGGAAUUCUUCCAGAGUUUCUGAUUCACUGUGGUAAAUUUGCAAAAUUAUGGCUUGCACAGUUCUUCUCCAGCACAGCAUGAUGGAAACUGGAAGAAUACCAAAUACCCUUAAGAAAGCAAAAACCAUAGCGAUACUGAAACCAGGUAAACCGAAUGACCAACCAAACAGCUACUGCCCAAUUGCCCUUCUUAGCAUGAUCUACAAACUACUGGAGACACUUAUAUGUAACAGAAUAAGUCCAGAUAUCAAAAAGUGUAUCCCUGUGGAACAAGCAGGCUUCUGGCCAAACAGGAGCUGCACAGAUCAAGUCCUCUCACUAACUUCCUACAUCGAGGCAGGCUUCCAAAGACAAGAAAAAAACAUCCGUGGUAUUUAUAGACCUGACAGCGGCUUAUGAUACUGUAUGGAGGCAAGGCCUGAUUUACAAACUACUCCGCAUCGUGCCAUGUUUGAAAAUGGCUAACCUUAUCAACGAGAUGCUCUGCAACAGACAAUUCCAGCUGAUACUUGGAAAUUAUAAGAGCAAAACAAUGAAGCUCAAUAAUAGCUUGCCCCAAGGAUCAGUCCUGGUACCGCUACUUCUCAGCAUGUAUAUAGCCGAUAUGCCUAAUACUAAAUCUGAAAAGUUUGGAUAUGCAGAUGACUGGGCCAUAGCUACACAACAUUGAGAUAUGGAGCAUACUGAGACUGUCCUGACAAGCGACUUGUCCCUGCUGGGAACGUACUUUCGUGAAUGGAGACUACAACCUAGUCCAACUAAAACUGAGGCUAUGUGUUUCCACCUGAAUAAUAAAUUGGCUAACAGACGCCUUAAGAUAUAUUUUGAUAACAAUAUACAAAAAUACCUGGGAGUGACAUUAGAUAGAACCCUGAGCUACAAACAACACCUCAUCAACACUGCUGCAAAAAUCUGUACUAGGAACAAUAUCAUUCAGAAACUAUGUGGUACCAGCUGGGGCUCCUCCGCCUCUACCUUGCGAUGCUCUGCUUUGGGACUUGUCUACUCUGCAGCAGAGUACUGUUCCCCUGUUUGGCUAAAGAGCGCUCACAUCAAGAUUGUGGACACAGUACUGAACCAAACUAUGAGGAUUAUUUCAGGUACAAUAAAAUCAACCCCUAUUCACUGGCUACCUGUGCUGAGCCACAUACCGCCACCUCACGAAGAGAACAUGCGCUUCUCAGAGAAUUUAAAAAAAAUACAAGACAACCCGCAACUUCCGAUUCAUGCUUUGAGUAAUGGCAUUGACAGAGAUAGAUUGCACUCUAGACAUCCACCUCUUAUAAGGGACAAAGAUCUGGAGGAAAAUGGUCUCUGUCUUGAAGAACGCUGGAAAGUGGAAUGGGAAGAAUCAGCACCACCACAGGAUCAGGACGGGCCACGGUCGAUGUGCGGACUCUCUACACAAAUGGGGAAGAGCACCAUACCCAAAGUGCGACUGCGGCGCUGAGAAGCAGACGAUCCGGCACAUCAUUGCAGAGUGCCCUCUGAGAGCCUACUCAGGUCAAACAACGGACUUCCUGGAUGUGACUCGAAGUGCAGUUCAAUAUAUUAAAAACCUAAAUGUUAAUUUGUAAUUAUAUAUAUGUUGUUCAUGACAUAACUGUAUUUAAUUCUUUAUGUCUUGUUUUUUAGUGCCAAAGUUAUUGUAGCAGCUUAUUUAUCUA